AUGGACGGGCCUGUUGCCGGCGUCCAUGAUCUCGACAUCGGGUUGUCUUCCGCUGUGAUGUGCCCGCUAUCCCCCGCCGUCGCCAGUCAGGUCGCCAACCACCGCAGAUGCUGUUCGCAGGAUCAGGAGCGCAUCGGGCUGCAGCGCCUCCCAUACGACGUCCUCCUCCACAUAGCAUCCUUCCUUGAUGUCGGGGGGCUCACGAGUCUCGGAUUGACAUGCCACCCCCUGCACAACUUCUGCUCAACGCGCCCGGUGUACCGCCGAUUCGCAAACGAUCUCCUCCGCCGGUGUCGCGCGCUCCCCCUCAAGGGCUUCCAGCGCGUAUCCGACCUCACGACAAGCCAGCUCAUCCGCUCAGUGCAGCAGGCGGCGCACUACGAGUCUGCGUGGCGCGUGCGCGGGCCUCGACCCGUUGGUGGCGGCCGCGCUUCUUCCCCCACGGCGGCGGCGCUCAAUUUGCGCGGCGAGCGCGCGUGGUUCACCGUCGUGUCCACGCCCCCCGGCGAGGAGAUCGACUGGCUGUCCCCGAUCACCUCCAGCUAUACGCUAUGUGCCACGAAGAGCGGCAAGGUCGUCUGCUGGGAUGUGCGCUCCGACACGUGCCUCGCGGAAUGGAUCCCUGAGGAGAAGUGGGAGCUGUGGAAGUGCCGCGUCGAGUUCGAACAACAGAGCGUGUACUUCACGAUGGCGAGGCUGUUAUCGGGAACGCACGAGGACGAUCGAGUAAUGGAGUUCAUUCUCAUGCGCCUCGACUUUUCCGAGGCUCCCUCUGGCGAUCCCACUGUCCCUCCAGCAUUCCGACACGUUUCCAAGUUCCGGACGAUGGGCGUGGUCAUGAAUGUUUUCUUGCUCGAUCCCCCUGGCCGCCUUCUCUCCGCCUUCAUAUACAUCGCACGGACGAACAACAUCGGCCUCUACGUGAUCCUGGACUGGGACAAGGAAGAAUACGUCUUCAUCGACACCGGGAUCGAAUGCGACAUGUCCUCAAAUUGGUCAUGUAUCCUCUUCGACCGCAACGUCGUCAUCCACUCAGAAGACAGCGAUACCGCCUACCAGCACUUCUACCCCAUAUCCCUCCUGCAAACCCACAGCCGUCACAUGUCUUCGACGCCACAGGUCAUCGGCGACCUCAAGCCCGCCUUGACUAUCUCCAAGAAGUUCACCUUCCCCGCUCCCGACUUCUUCGCCGAGCCUCCAACAACAUCAGUCACCUCACCCCCUCCAGCCACAUCCCCACUUCUGCCAACUUCGCCCCUACUCUCCAACGCCUCGCUAUCCCCGCUCUCAAUGGCCCAUCACCUCCCGGCUGUGUCUGCGAUGCCAAUGUUCGCGCUAGUAGACUUGGGCUCGCAGUCAGCCGACCUAGGUGCACAGCUUACUAGCCUGGGCGGUCUAUCGAUGUCCGCCCCCCUUCCGCCUAACGUCGACCUGACCUCGCAGGUCGAACCGCCGUCACCGCAUGACUUGCUAGACCUUGACUUCGACCUGAAUUCUGCCACCUCAGUCGUCUACGACGAAGUGACCGAACGUGAUGAGGACGAAGAUCCGCCCGAUAUCAACCCUCCGCAAGCACAGGAUGAAGCACCCGAAAUGGAUGAUGCGCAUCCUUUGGAAGACUUGCCACCCUCCGACCCAUCCCACGACCAACCUCCACCGCAUUCCACGUCCACCUCCCGCCAUCGACGCGCCCACAACCCUUUCCCCUUCCCACAUUGGUAUCCAGAGUCUGUGCACUUCGUACGGCAAUGGUGGCCGAGCGUUCCGGGUAUACCUCGUGUAAGCUGCACAGUGUGCUUGCUUGUCUCGCAGGAUAUGUACGGUCGCGCGCGCUUCGUGCUCGCGCAGCACUACUUCCGCGUACCGAUGUGCCCAGUGCGACUGGCGGGUCCCCGAGACAGCGAUGACGAAGAGGAGCAAACGACAGAUGCAGGCGCCGAUGCCCGCCUCUGUGCAACAUCGAGCAGAACGGAGGCCGUGAAGGCUGCGGAGCGUCGAAAACGAGCUGUAGCGAACUGGCAUCCGCGCCAGGGCGAGGUGGACCCUGACGCCGGGAAGACUGGCCAGCGAGAAGAGGGCGAGGAUGCGCCGAUGCAGAUGUGGUACGUCAGCAGCCCUUUCGACGUCGUCUGCGUCGCAGAGAGCGACGACGAGACGCAGCUUCCGGGCUCCGAGCGCCAGCGGCCGCUCGUCGCGGUCGACUUUGGGCACGCUGUCUGGUUGGAAUACAUUGAGCCGGAGAAGGAGGAGACGCAGGCGCACGACGAGGAGGUCCUCGACGCGGAUAUAGAUGCCGACUUGGAAGCUGCUGCUGCCAUCGUCCAAGACGACGUCGACAAUGCCCUCGAGGACCCCGCCGGCGUCGAGCCGCCAAUAGGUCCUGUGAGCGGUCUUGAGGCGAAGCGCUUGCGCUUUGUCACGUUCCCCCUCUUCGACGACGCACCCGAUGCGAAGGACGACCUGCGCUUAGCCGAGGGCCAAGUGCGCACACUCGAAGUUCCGAAGGAACUCGACUUAAACGAUGUUGAGACGAUCAACAUCGACCAGAGCCAGGGCGCGGUCGUCCUGAGCGUCCGAGAGGGCAAGAUCUUCAUCUUGUGUUAUGAGUAGACACUUCUACCUGUCCUCUUUUCUCUACUUGCUUUGCUGUGAUUAGCUAUAUGCCAUGACCUCCAUGAUAUCGCUACGUGCUCGCGGGGUUCAUUACCGUGACGGACCAGGGCUUCAUAGACUGCGGACAACAUUGUAUGGCGCUUAGCAUCUGACAAACACCUGUGAAUUUGCUAGCCGGCGCUAAGCUCCUGGCUGCGCUCUGGCACGGCUCAACAAAGACGGUGACCACUUUUGUUUGUGA